AGGCUUAUGAAUAGGUUCUAUUUGUUAAGAUGCGAAAAGGAAGGAACGGGUGUUUCGUAGUUCGACUGUCACUGGAUAGGAUGGGCUCCAAGCCAUAGGGAUUCAAUUUUUGCCAAAAGCAGAGGUUUUUGGAGGUGGGUUUGUAGAAACAUGGAAGAACAUGAUACUAUUGAGGAGAGCAGUGUGAGAUUGGUGGGUAGUAGUGGUAGUGGCAGUGACUCCAGGUGGGUCGAUGGUGCUGAACUGGAUUUAGAGUCUCUUUCAUUGUCUCUGCUCACUGGAAACGAGGGCAGAGAGGGGUAUGGAUCUAUGAGAAGGAGGCUGGUGAAGAAGCCCAAGCGAGUUGAUUCUUUUGAUGGUGAAGCGAUGGAGAUUGCUGGCGCUCAUGGCCACCAUUCCAAGGAUCAAACCAUGUGGCAUACUAUAGCAUUAGCAUUUCAAACACUUGGUGUGGUAUACGGUGACAUGGGCACGAGCCCUUUAUAUGUCUUCAGUGAUGUGUUCAGCAAGGUGUCCAUCGAGUCAGACAUUGACAUCUUGGGGGCUUUAUCUCUCGUUAUGUAUACAAUUGCUCUUCUCCCUCUAGCAAAAUAUGUUUUUGUAGUACUCAAGGCCAAUGAUAAUGGGGAAGGAGGGACAUUUGCACUGUACUCGCUGAUUUGCAGGUAUGCAAAUGUUAAUCUGCUGCCAAAUCGACAGGCAGCUGAUGAACAUAUAUCAAGUUUUCGCCUCAAACUGCCCACUCCAGAGUUGGAAAGGGCUCUAAACAUAAAAGAGACUCUGGAAAGGAGAUCAUCCGUGAAAACCCUUCUGUUGCUGCUGGUUCUGAUGGGGACUUCCAUGAUCAUAGGAGAUGGUAUUCUAACCCCAGCAAUAUCAGUGAUGUCUGCCACAAGUGGUCUGAAGGGUGAAAUAGAAGGUUUUGGUACAAGUGCUGUAGUUAUCAUUUCAAUCUUUAUGCUUGUGGCGUUGUUCAGCAUACAGCAGUUUGGGACUGGUAAAGUUGGUUUUAUGUUCGCUCCUGUACUUGCUUUGUGGUUCUUCUCUCUGGGAUCCAUCGGAAUUUAUAAUCUAGUGAAGCAUGAUAUUACUGUUCUAAGGGCAUUCAACCCUGCUUAUAUCUAUUUCUUCUUCAAGAAGAACAGUAAAGAUGCAUGGUCAGCUCUUGGUGGUUGUGUUCUAUGCAUUACAGGAGCGGAGGCCAUGUUUGCUGAUCUAGGUCAUUUUUCUGUUAGAGCCAUACAGAUUGCAUUUACUUGUGUGGUGUUUCCCUGCCUUCUCUUGGCUUACAUGGGCCAAGCUGCUUAUCUGAUGAAACACCCAGAUUCUGCAGAAAGAAUAUUCUACGACUCUGUGCCAGACACUUUGUUCUGGCCAGUUUUUGUGAUAGCAACCCUUGCCGCCAUGAUUGCAAGCCAAGCCAUGAUAUCUGCUACAUUUUCGUGCGUGAAGCAAUCUAUGGCUCUUGGAUGCUUCCCGAGACUGAAGAUCAUUCACACCUCAAGAAGGCAGAUGGGUCAAAUUUACAUCCCUGUAAUGAAUUGGUUUUUAAUGAUCAUGUGCAUAAUGGUAGUUGCCAUCUUUCAGAGCACUACGGAUAUUGCCAAUGCAUAUGGCAUAGCCGAAGUUGGUGUCAUGAUUGUCAGCACCACCUUGGUGACGCUUGUAAUGCUUCUAAUUUGGCAGACCAACCUGUUUUUGGCUGUGUGCUUCCCACUUGUUUUUGGGUCAGUAGAGCUCAUCUACUUGUCAGCUGUGCUAUCUAAAAUAAAAGAGGGAGGUUGGCUUCCUCUUGCUUUUGCUGCUUGCUUCCUCUCAGUGAUGUACACCUGGAACUAUGGGAGUGUGUUAAAGUACCAGAGUGAAGUCAGGGGGAAGAUAUCCAUGGACUUAAUGCAUGACCUUAGUUCGACCCUUGGAACUGUAAGAGUCCCAGGAAUUGGAUUGCUAUACAAUGAGCUAGUCCAAGGCAUUCCUUCCAGCUUUGGACAGUUUUUACUGGGUCUUCCGGCUAUUCACUCUACCAUAGUGUUUGUAUGCAUUAAAUAUGUCCCAGUCCCGGUGGUUCCUAAAGAGGAAAGGUUUCUGUUUCGAAGACUUUGCCCAAAAGACUACCAUAUGUUCCGCUGUGUUGCUCGAUAUGGUUACAAAGAUGUCCGGAAGGAAGAUCACCAAGCAUUUGAACAACUUUUGGCUGAAAGUCUUGAAAAGUUCUUGAGAAAGGAGGCUUUAGAUCUUGCAUUGGAAGGCAGUAUGAAUGAGUUGGAUUUUGAUAGUGUUUCACUGAGGUCUAGGAAUUCUGGUCCCCCUCCAGCUGGUGGUGGGAAUGAGGAUCUUAGGAUUCCCCUAAUGCACGAUCAAAGACUGGAAGAAGCAGGUACUUCUAUGUCAGAAGAAACUCCCUCAGCACUGCCAUCUGGUCUCAUGUCACUGGAUGAAGACCCAAGUCUGGAGUAUGAGCUUUCAGCUCUUCGGGAGGCAAUGGAUUCUGGAUUUACUUAUAUGCUUACGCAUGGUGAAGUGAGGGCAAAGAAAAACUCAUAUUUCUUUAAGAAAUUGGUUAUAAACUAUUUCUAUGCAUUCUUGAGACGGAACUGUAGAGCAGGUGCUGCAAACAUGAGGGUACCUCACAUGAAUAUCAUUCGUGUUGGAAUGACCUAUAUGGUCUAAUCCUUUUAUGACGUUUCAGAAUCUUGUAUUUUUGAUUGAUUUUGGAUGCUCAUUGCUACCUCAAUGCUGGAAUUUGGGAAAUUCUUUAAUAAUGAACUGGAAAUGAUAAAUCGUACCAUGAUGUUGGAUGUA